AUGGAGGGGUUUACUUUCCUGCUGCCCCUUCAUCAUCUUGCUUUUCUCCUCCAUUCAACUACCCAUUUUCAACACUGGUGCGUUUUCAUACAAAACUCCCUAUCCGCUCUUGCUCGUACCUACUAUAAUACAAUGCACGCUGCAAGCCUAAUGCUACUCCCAGCACUGAUGCUGCUCUCGCCAGUCAAUGGCGGGCGGCCCUAUUAUCCAUUGCCGACGCCUGAAGGUGCACUGGUGCACCCGAUGGUUAAGAGGCAAGAGGCGGGAACAGAGCACAGCCUGAACAGAAAGGAGUUCAUGGGAAGGAUGUUCCCGGCAGUAUCUAGUAGUAGCACAAAGUCCGAGAGUGGUGAUUUUACUGCUAGUGUGCCGAUAUCGUAA